AUGGCGAUGGAGGGCAAUUACCAACGGCUCGAGCACCUGGGCGAAGGCACAUACGCAACCGUGUACAAGGGGCGGUCGCCCAAAGGGGAGAUCGUGGCACUGAAGGAGAUCCACCUUGACCCCGAGGAGGGCGCGCCGUCGACGGCUAUCCGCGAGAUCUCGCUGAUGAAGGAGCUCGACCACGAGAACGUGCUGAAGCUGCUGGAUGUGGUGCACACGGAGACAAAGCUGAUGCUGGUGUUUGAGAUGAUGGACAAGGACUUGAAGCGGUACAUGGACGCAAACGGCACGCACAGCGCGCUGCCGGCAGCAACAAUCAAGUGGUUCAUGUACCAGAUGCUGAGUGGCAUCAAGUACUGCCACGAGAUGCGGGUGCUGCACCGCGACCUGAAGCCGCAGAACUUGCUGAUCAACUCGCGCAACCAGCUGAAGCUGGCGGACUUUGGGCUGGCGCGCGCCGUGGGCAUCCCAGUCAACACGUUCUCGAACGAAGUGGUGACGCUGUGGUACCGGGCACCAGACGUCCUGCUGGGGUCGCGCAACUACAGCAAUACGAUCGAUAUCUGGUCGGCCGGGUGCAUCAUGGCCGAGAUGUACACGGGCAGACCGCUAUUUGCUGGCAGCAACAAUGACGACCAGCUGCUGAAGAUCUUCCGGAUCAUGGGUACGCCCAGCGAGGCGACGUGGCCGGGUGUAUCGCGGUUCCCCAACUGGAAGAGCAACUUCCCGCAGUAUCCGAUGCAGCGGCUCGAGCAGUGCCUGCCGCAAAUUGACCAGUACGGCAUGGACCUGCUCAAGAAGCUGCUCGUGUACGACCCCAAUAGCAGAUGGGAGGCAGCACGGUGCCUGUCGCACCCGUACUUCCAGGACCUGUUCCAGAUCCCGACGCAGCAUGCACUGCAGACGCCUUCCCAACUGCAGGCACAGCAGCAACUCCAGCAGCUGCAUCUGCGCCAGCACCAGCAGCAGAUGCAGCAGCACCAGCAGAUGCAGCAGAUGCCGCCGCCGAACCAGCACUACUAG